AUUGUUAUUAUCAUCAUUAUUAUUAUUAUUAUUAUUGCUGUUGUUGUUGUUGUUGUUAUCGAGUUACUUCACCCAGACAGUGGACAUCUUUGAUGUAUUUAGAGGAAAAUAUACUAACCAACCGUGUCGGACAAGAAACAAGACUAACUAUAAAGAUAAAAGUAUUGUUAGACUUAAAAAGAUAAUUCUACUGCACCUGUCAUUUAUCUGCCAAAGCUUGUUAAUACUACAAUAUCUAAAGUAAACAAAUAUCGUCCGCGCAUAAAUAAUUCCAAUUUGUGUAAUUACAUGAUAUUAUUAUAUCUAGAGGAAUAAAGAAAGUACAUGUCUUCUACUGAAAAUGGAAUAACCGUUCUCUUUUGAUGAACUAAGAUGUCUGUAUUUAUUAUGUUAGUGAUUAUUUUUCUAAUUUUCUCUGUCAUAGGAGCUGACGAAUUCCGCACUUGUAAGUUUUGUGUCAACAUGUUUUUUCUUUUUAGUUUGAUUUGACGUAGAUAUUAUAUCCGUAAGUGAGCUGUCAUAUUCGUGCUUUAAAUCGGUCCCUCUUUUUAAAGCAACAUGCCUCCAGAUGAGCCAAAAAAUUUCAAGAAAAUCAAACUUGAGAAAAAAUGUACUAAUAUUUUAAGGAAAGUAAAAAGAUUCAAGGUUAAAGUACAUUAAAAAAUUUACAUGUUAUGUUCGAAUAAUGACUGAUUUUGCAAUAUUUAUAUAUAUCUAAUAACUGUCUUAUCUUUUUUCAAAGUAAUUUUCUUUUAAAUAGUUUUUCACAUUUUUAUGAAAAUUUGCAUAAUCUGGAGGCGUGCUGCUUUACAGUAAUAUGCUUUUUUGUAUAUGAAAUUGUACUUAAUAAAAUCGUGCUUCCUAAAAUUUUAAACAUUUAGAUAGAUCUGUCUGUACUUUUUUUCUGAACUGUUCUACUGUACAAAUUAUGUACAUGUAUUUUGCUUUCAAAUUUGCAAUAGGUUCAUUUAUUACGCUGAUUUUAUUACUGAUUUUCUUUACAGAUUCCGUUACAGACAUUUACGAAGGAACAGCAGCAGACGACACUUGUUAUAGCACUAUAUCUAUGUACAAUGACUGGAUAUUUGCUGGACAGAUUGUUUAUAAAACCGAGGACGCUGUUGUUAACUCAACAUGUAAAGAGUUUGAAUUGACCAUUUACGCCGACUAUCCGAGCAAUUUAGAAUCUCUGAGAAUAAUGGCACGUGUUAUUGUGGAUGAAAGGGAAGAUCAGCAUACAUCAAUACAUAACAAAACUAUCAUAAUAUUAACUGUCUAUGAUGAUGUUCAUCUAAAUGAAAGUAUAGAAAUAAAUGAAAAUAGCACCCUCAAAACAACCCAAUCUUUCGUCACUUCUUACGAGGUUCUUAAAAUCAAGUUUCCAUCAAAACUCAAAAGAAACUGGUCGCUUAUAUUCACAGCAUUUCACACAGGGCUUUGUCAUUCUUAUGAAUACAUGUGUGCCAACAAACGUUGUAUAUUCCACUCACUGAGCUGUAGCGAGUAUGACCCUUGUGGUGACCAAUCAGAUUGCCUCAUAUCUCCUGCUGCUUAUGCAGCGAUAGCUCUUGGUGGACUAUGUACACUUGGUGUAAUAAUUGUAAUAAUCUAUAUCAUCGUGAAGAGCAGGCAAGCAUCAGACUGGAGUUCUAGGGACAGACAACCGAGGAAAUUUUCACCGGCGAAGGCAUUGCAGAGCGUCCAAGCUUUUACACCAGCAACAUUGAACAUUACACCGAAAAGAAGAUGGAGCUACAAGUAUUAAAAUCAUUAUAGACAACAAAUUAAACAAUAAACAUUUUUCAAA